GGUUGAUUAAAAUUCCAACCGUGCUCGCUGUACUGAAAAGACCGGAAUAGAGAAAAAGGACACCCUCCACGUAAGAGGAAGGAAGAAGGACGGCGAGAGGGAGAGAGAGAGAGGAGAAAGAGAGAGAUUGCAGCGGUAACGGAGAAGGGGAGAGGGGGGGGGGAGAAGAAGAGAGCCGUCGUCGGAGAGAAGCCGACGGGGGUAUUGACACAUGGCCACGCUUCAGACAUGGAGAAAGGCUUACGGCGCUAUCAAAGACUCCACCAAAGUGGGCCUCGCUAAAGUUAAUAGUGAAUAUAAGGAUGUCGAUGUUGCGAUCGUCAAAGCCACGAAUCACGUCGAAUGCCCGCCGAAGGAGAGACAUCUCAGGAAAAUCUUGGCGGUCACAUCAGUGAUGCGGCCUAGGGCAGAUGUUGCGUACUGCAUACGUGCCCUUGCAAGGCGGUUGGCAAAGACCCACAACUGGACGGUGGCAUUGAAAACGUUGAUAGUUAUCCAUAGAACCUUGAGGGAGGGUGAUCCUACUUUCCGGGAAGAGCUCCUGAACUACUCACAGAGGGGGCACAUUCUCCAGCUAUCUAACUUCAAAGAUGAUUCAAGCCCCAUUGCUUGGGAUUGCUCUGCAUGGGUUCGUACAUAUGCACUGUUUUUGGAAGAAAGAUUAGAAUGCUUUAGGAUUUUGAAAUACGAUAUUGAGGCUGAGCGUCUCCCAAGACCUGCCCAAGGAGAAGACAAGGGCUACAGUAGAACCAGGGAUUUGCACAGUGAAGAACUGUUGGAGCAAUUGCCAGCUUUGCAACAGCUGCUGCAUCGUCUUGUUGGAUGCCGGCCAGAAGGAGCAGCUGUUGGCAAUUAUGUGAUACAAUAUGCCCUUGCUUUGGUACUGAAGGAGAGUUUUAAAGUUUAUUGUGCUGUUAAUGAUGGGAUUAUCAAUCUCGUUGAUAAGUUCUUUGAAAUGCCAAGACAUGAAGCCGUGAAAGCUCUUGAAAUCUAUAAACGAGCUGGCCAACAGGCUGGGGGUCUUUCUGAUUUCUAUGAAAUUUGCAGGGGACUGGAACUUGCAAGGAAUUUCCAGUUUCCAGCAUUGAGAGAGCCUCCACAGUCAUUUCUUGCAACCAUGGAAGAAUAUAUUAAAGAUGCACCACGCAUGGUUUCAGGUCCAAGGGAAGCACUGGAACUACCAGAGAGACUCCUUCUGACAUACAAACCAGAAGAAGAAUCUUCUCCUACUUCUGCUGAUAAACCUUCUGUAGAUAACCCAAAGCCACUGCCUUCUGAUGAUGUUGCUCCUUCUGGCACUGAUGCUCCUCCUCCUGACAUUGUGGAUAAUGGAGAUUUACUGGGAUUAAAUGCUACAAGUCCUGAUGCUUCUGUAAUAGAGGAAAGCAAUGCUUUAGCUCUUGCUAUUGUCCCAUCUACUGACCAUGCGUCCCAUGACAAUGGUACUGUGCAAACCAAAGAUUUUGAUCCUUCUGGAUGGGAACUUGCUCUUGUUACUACUCCAAGUAGCAACAUUUCUUCAGUUACUGAAAGGCAAUUGGCUGGUGGAUUGGACACACUUACUCUCAACAGUUUGUAUGACGAAGGUGCAUAUAGAGCAGCGCAGAAGCCUGUUUAUGGAGCACCAACCCCAAACCCAUUCGAGGUACAGGAUCCAUUUGCAUUGUCGAACAAUGUGGUUCCCCCUCCAGCUGUUCAAAUGGCUGCAAUGUCUCAACAGCAAUCAAAUCCCUUCAUACACUAUCAGCCUAACUAUCAACCACAGCAACAACGGAAUUUAAUUAUGGGCGCAUCAAAUCCUUUUGGCGAUACCGGUUUUGGGGCUUUUCCUGUGAACCCUGCUCUUCAUCCCCAGAAUACUAACCCAUUUGGAAGCACAAGCCUUCUAUAGUUUCAUUGCUGGAUGCCUAUAUUGUAAUCUACCGCCGCCCUUUAUUGGGGCAUAAUUGCAGAUGAGCUUUGGUGUUUCUGUAUUCUAUCCACGUCAUUGGAAUUUGGACUAGAAAACAAGUCAUGAUUUGUGGAAUGUAGAGAAAAGAUGUAAGAUUCAGAAUUUCUAGUUUGAUACAUUGUCAUCAUGUUGUAAAGUGAACUCUUGUCAAUCUCUUUAUUCUUGCCUUGUCCAAAUAUAGAUAUAAACUCUGAAGGGUAACAAUUUUGUUUGAUACAUUGAACCAUGGUGCUAGACUGACAAGCCAAAUCUUUUUGGUUGCAAAGAAGGCCAUGUAGGAGCUAUGCUUGCCGCCUGGUCUCUGCGGUAUUUGCUUUCUUGGUGAAUUUGUUGUGUAUAUUGUAUUAAAUGAUACCAGGAUGAGUGCUCUUGAUUCA